AAUCUAAAAAAUGGACAGCAAACUUAAUCUCUUGCCAGGAUCUAAGGAAUUUGAUACAUGCAUUUGUUAUGACAUGAAAAAAUGGUAGAAAACAUUCUAUUGGUUUUUGUAUUGAUGACUUUCAUUCCAUUUUGGUCAGAAGCUAAAGUUGAAUGGGAGGUAGAGAAAACAAUAUCAGAAUAUGGUCAAGAUUUGGAACUGUUUUGUACGGCUGAUGAUUAUGAAUUGUCAUCACAAAAGAGUAAAAGAUGGUAUAAGGGAUCUAAACAGAAGUUGCUUACAUUCAAUGAUGGAUCAGAAAAUAUUACAAAGUACAAGGCUUCCAUUGAAAGUAAUGGAUUCAGGUUGCUCAUCAAAAACUUGACAAAAAAUGAUGUGAAUAUAACAUAUAUGUGUAGUUAUUCUUUUAGCAAAUCUGAAAAUUUGCUACUGCUGGUUAAAGAUGUUUUUAAAAAUGAUUUACCUGAACAUAAAGGGGAGCUUCAAGAAAGGGAUGGUAAAAUUGCUGUAAUACUUGGCAUAGUUAUAUUUAUUGUUAUCAUGGUUAUAUUGAUAAUUGUAUUUGUAAUAUUGUACAAAAGAGGUCGACUUGGGAUGGUAACUAAAAUUUGUUUCAAUAGAGACCCUCAGAAUGCCCCAGAUCCAUAUGGUGAGGUACAAUAUGAUGCUGUACCACCUAAUGAGACAAAUGGUAAUGACAAUCAACCAACAAAUAUAGAUCCAUCUAAUGGGGUACGAUAUCAUCAUGUAAAAAAUGAUGUACAACCUAAUGAAUCAAACGUUACUGACAAUCUGGAGACAAAUAUAGCUUAUAGAUUUUGUCAUCACCCCUCAAAUGAAGUACCAUCUGUAGAUAUAGAAGCAACUGGUACAUCACAAACAUCUGAUAAGUCUUUUCAGCCAGUAAUUGCCACAAGCUUUUCAAGGAUUGGUGCUUGUAAAACACCACAACCACAACAAUCUGAUGAUGCGUAUAAUGAAACAUCUCAUGCAGCUGAUACAGAGAGAUCUAUUGUUACCUCCCCACAGGAGGAGGUUGUUAUUUCAAAUAAUGACUCUCAAAUUUCAAAUAAUGACUCUCAUAUUUCAAAUCCAACAUUUCCAAAUCAGGAGGAAGAAAUUAUUAUCAGUUCAGCAAAAUUCCCAGCAUAUUCUAAGAAAAGAGUUAGAGAACAAAGUUUUACUGAAUGGUCCCUAAGGGAACCAUCCAAACAAAAGAUGGCCAGUGCUGGAUUCUUCUAUAAAGGAUGCAAUACCUAUGCACAAUGCUUCUGUUGUGGAUUCAAUAAGAAGUGGAGAGAAAAUGAUGAUCCUUUAAAUGGCAGUUCACAUAAUGAUAAUUGUUUAUAUGCUCAAAAAGUAAAUGUCAGUUCUGCCAAGGAUAGUAACUCAAGAAGUCCUGCUAAUGAAGAAACAAAUCCCAAGUCAAUGGAAUAAUCUCAAGUUUUAAGAUGAGUUCAGAGAGAUUAUUGGUAUGGCUACAUGAAACCCAAUUGACUACAUCAUUAUAUCUUACUACUGUGGAUUCAUCAUUAUUCAUUGGAUACCAAUUUCGUUGACAUGGUGUGUACAGGUGAAAGUUAAAUGUUCAAUGAAGAAUGAAUUUUUCUACAGACUUGUUUGCAGACUUUGACAAAACCAUGAAAUUAAACUUAACUUUUGUCCAUUUAAUAUAGGAGAAAAUUGGUACAUGUACCAACAAAAAUAAAUGAAUCCACAGUAUUGAUUUAUGAUAUUCACCUCACAUUGUUUUUAUCAAAAUUUGUUAACCUGCGUUAUAUAAGAUCUUACUUUUGACAUGAUAGCAGAAUUGUUAAUGAGAUUAUAGUCACCAUUACUUAAUUUGGAUUAUAACUUGUUAUUUUUAAGAUAAUUUGAUAAUGACAUAUAUAAAAAAAAUGUUUAUCAAUUAUGAGUAGAGUCAUGACAGUUGAAAAUAGUCAUAAAACAAUUGAUUACAAGAAAUGCUUGCCAGGGCUUCCAUGUUAUUUUUUUAAGGUCAUAUGUGUUAUGCAAUUUUAAAUUUGUUACUGGGUAAAAGUUGUCCAAGGCCAAAUAUUAUGCAUGAAAGGGUAAAAUGAUUUGAUAUGAAAUAUACAAGUUAUUUAGUCAAUUUCUGCAAUAGGUUCAAAAAAGCAUUUUAAAACAUAAUACUCAAAGAUAGCUAUUUUAGAUUAGCAAAACAAUUAACUUAGGUUCAAUACCUAUGCAUUUUAGUUGAAAGUUUAACA